AUGCUUACUUCUUACCCGAACAAGUCUUCGGGUACACAUAUUGCGGAUAUUGUAGCGCAACCUAAGGCUGGCCGCAAGAGAACGCAAAUCAAGGGCAUGAUCCGCGAGAAGCUCGCCCCUUCACGCCCGAACGAAGAGGGAAUUCUCGAGAACGCCGUUAAACUGGUCACAAGCCUUCGUCCGAUGAUACGUUGCGGCACCUUCCCAUGCGGCUUCUCAGGCCGCACGGAGUUUUUGUGGGUGCAACGAUCCCUGCGUGAGCGUGUGGCGCAUCAUUUCGCCAGCCCGCCAAUCCCGAGCCAUGAGAAUAUCAAGCCGCAGAAGAACUUCGACGCCGUCAUGAUCAGCGGGAUCGCUGGUGUGAGCAUCAAGUGGGCCGACAACCUCAUCACAUGUGAUCACCAUCGGAGGUCAGAUAAUGGCACCAAGGUCCACAUCUUCCACUACGCCGGCCUCCUUGAAUGA